AUGCUUCUCUCGCGGUCUUCCGCUUCCAAUCAUCAUCAGGCAUUAAGGGCAUUGCCUGGAAGAGAGAGAGAAGAACUCUCUUUGGAGCCGUCCCGAGUGAAUGUUUCUCAUGAGGAAACGUAUGAAGAAGAGGAGGAGGACAAGGCCAUCCACACCAACAAGAGUAGAUCGUUUAAAACAACACAUGCUUCGGGUUUGAUGCAAGCGAUGAAAUCAUCGUUUGCCUCCAAUUUUGUUCCAUUAUUUCAUCCUCCUCACCAUCAUCGUGAGGAGCAAUUACAAGCUGAGAAAUUCAACAACCACACAAUCUCAGAAAACGGAAAGCUAAAAAGUCUACCUACGGCACCUCAAACAACCAAUCUAUCUUACAAUGAGGAAAGAAGUAACACGCUUCAUUCUUCUCAACGACUUCUGCCUCACAACAAUACCAAUAACAAAACGAUAAGCCAAAUAGAAGGAUUUCGAGUACAUAAUAACAGUGUUAAUCGUACAAACGAAGAGAUGAAUGAGGAGGAUGUGCUUUCGGAAACCUUAGAUGACUGCCCCGUCGAUCCAAAUAAUACAUCCCCAAGUAUACAGAAUCAAGAUUCAUCUUUCAAUGUAAAUAGUUCUCUCAACACCACCUUCUCCGAAAUGUUUACACGCCUCUUGGGACGAGAGAAACGAAGACCACAUUGUACCGCUCCUAUUCGAACUGUCAUUGUGGUUCCAUAUUUUCUUAAAGAGCAAUAUGAAAAACAUGCAGAAAAUGAGAAGAUGGCAAAGUCACAAGUAUCAACGGAGGAAUGUGCACGAGAUGUGAAAAGUCAAAAGUCCAUGCCUUCACAGAAAAAUCAUCAUGAAACUAUUGACCAUUUGGAGUCGAAUGAAAAUGUCACAAACGAAGUCUCCAUAGAAUAUGAAGACAUGGGGAGGAAUCCGUCGCUCUCUCCAUGCAUUCGUUCAGUGACUAUUUAUAAAAAAGAAUGGCUUGUCGGAGUGGAAGAAAAUGUAAGAACGAGAUUUGUGGGAGAGAGAGAUCUCGAACGCUACCUUGACAUUGAGGGAGCGAAUUACAGGUUGCGUCGAAAAAAGUAA